CAUGGCAGAGAACUUGUGAUUUGGUAUUCCGUUCAAACCCGGUCGCUAUUUUCUCAACCUCUCAGUCAGUCACUCUGAAAAUUUGUUAUUAUCGCUUCUCUGGACAUGAUGUCCGCUUGCUGGCUUUUCUCUUUGAGUCUCUUUGCAUCCCAUCGAUACUUGAUUGGUAUUCAGAGUUACAGGCAUUACACAGUUGCCACUGCUGUUGUGCAGUUUUUAUUUAUUUCUUCACUCCUGUUUGAAAUCGCCGUGUAAAAUACAUGGUAAAGCAACUGUUUCUCAGUGAGGUAGUACGACUUCCCCCCCGCUUCUCUUCCUAUCCGCAUCAACUACAUAGCCACAAACCUGCGUUGUAUGUAAACGAACAGUUUGAACAGCAAAACCAAGUAUUGUGAUCACAGUUCAGGUUUUGUGUUUUGUUAGCAGCUCUACAAGAAGCUUAUACUGUUUUGGGAACCGUGGUGUGUUAAAACCGUGACACGUCCAGUUAGCAGGCUGUAGAGCUAGCACGCUAACUAGCUACUUUUAUUCCUAGUAACAUUGCUAGAAAAUGGAGCUACUGCCCAGCAGAUCAUUGCCCAUAGAUGCACGUGCCUGGACAGAAAAUCCCCAGUUUAAUUAAUCAUUGUGGACGUUUUUUCCUUGGAGUGGGAGACAUUUCGACGACACUGUCGAGUUUGACAGGAGUGAAAUAUGCCCACUACUGUACUGUACUUGGGUUUUCUCCAAACCAAAGCAAGAUGGACUCUCAUUCGGCUUGUCUGUCUUGUCAGAGCUCACAUCGACAUUUUGCACGGAGAUGAAAAUGUUUGCGUAGAGGUGGGAGCAUAUUAGGUAGGAGAAUAGUUCGCUUAUUCGCAUAGCUCAUCAAUUUUGUGCUGUUAUUGUGCGUGCGAAGCCCGAUACAGUAGCUCAAGACUUCACUCCCUAGACAGACAGUCCGAUCGGGCAUCAGCAGUUUUACCUGAGAGCACAACUAAACCUCUGCGCAGCAUAAUACUCACUGCCACGAUGCCUGCUUAAUUUAGGCUGUAUAACGCUGUAUGAAAUGCAUCCAGUGGUCGCCGGGUUUGGCCUACGUGUUUUGGUUUUGGCCACAAGGGCGGAUCGGCUGCACGAUUGAAGUGAUCGGUAAUCAGAUCAUACAAAAUGUCCCACCGUACUUGAAAGCUGAUGGGGUCUUUUGGUCAUCGUCAUUGCAUGACAAAGGCUGUGGCAGAUUCAUCUUCAUCACUCAUACAGCAUUUCCAUAGUUUUUUCUCCAGUACGAUAGUGCCAUGAAGGGCGGAGGAAGGGGUAAGGAGCCACCUGUUGCCGGGGAGGUCACUGGCAAACGUCCCAAACGGAAAUGCCUGCAGUGGCACCCUCUUCUUUCCAAAAAGGCUCUGGAUUUCUCUGAGGAGGAAGAAGAAGAGGACGAAGAGGAGCUGGAGAAGGAACCAGUGCUGUGUGGUCAGGAACAGGGGUCGCAGGUGCAGUGUGGCAGCACCACAGAGGAAGUGGAGGAGGACUCAAACGAACAGCGGGCACGGCGGCCAAUGAAUGCCUUCCUCCUCUUUUGCAAACGCCACCGUUCCCUUGUGCGGCAGGAACACCCUCGCCUGGACAACCGUGGAGCCACCAAGAUCCUGGCUGACUGGUGGGCUGUGCUGGAGCCCAAAGAGAAGCAGAAAUACACUGACAUGGCUAAGGAGUACAAGGAUGCCUUUAUGAAGGCGAACCCUGGCUACAAGUGGUGUCCUACCACCAGCAAACCUGUUAAGAACCCUUCCUGUCAGCCAGUCAGCAAUCCCCGCAAAAAAGUUUGGUCCUUCUCUUCCAACUCAACCAAGGAUUCCACCACUGCCAAAAAAGUGCCCAAAACUGACAGCAUGCCACAGUUAAACUUUGCCAUGGCAGACCCUACAAAGAUGGGAGGCCUUAGCAUGCUGCUGUUAGCUGGGGAACAUGCACUCACAAAUAGAGAGAUCCCUUCCAGCACUAAACCUAGUUUACCUGACGCAGCCAGCGAAGAGAGCUCCUUUCCAGGGCAUGAGGAAGAGAUGUUGUCUGGAACAAUUCCGAACAGAGUGCCUGACAUUACUGAAAGCAGGGUCAAGUCUGCCUUUUCCCCACUGACUGAGUUGUCUCUCUCUGCGGCACCUGAAGGAAAACCAUGCAGACAGUCUGCUCUGUUCCAGCUUGCUGAGAUGUGCUUAGCGUCUGAAGCUGGAAAGAUGGACACGGUCCAGUCUCAUCCUGAGGACAGCUCCUCUAAGGCCUCUCUCCAGCAAACUGCAGUCAAGCCGGAGAUUAAGGAGGAGAAAGCGGACACUGACGCCUGUCCUCCCCCCUCUCACACAUCAGCCCUCUUACCUUUGCUCUCCUCUGUCACUUCUACCUCCACUGAUGCCAUUCCCCCACAACUCAGCAGCCAAAAUGCAAAAUGUGUCAAAAACAAGAGCAGGAAAAAAGAGAUGGCCAAGUCAAAUGAUAAGGAUGAGAUGCCUUGCUCAGCAAAGAAGAUCAUCAAGAAGUGUAACCACGCAGAAACAAACAUGGACAGUGUCUUCAGUACAAUUGAGGCGGUGGCCAAAGGGGCCUGGAAGGACACAGAGGAGAAACCCAAGAAGAAGAUUCAGAGCAGUCCUAAUGGUAGAAACUCUGGUGUGCCAAAAAAGAAGAGUAAGCCCAAAGUCAAGACCUUUGUCAAAGAAAAAGAGGAGGAGAUGGAAGACGAAAGUGGGCAGUGUGGACCGUACAGUUCCCCUGAAGCUGAGAUGAAGGAAGAGCUGACUGACAUUAGUCCCAAAACAGAAGCAGAGGAAGCAAAUGUAAGAAGCACAGACCUUCAGGCCACCAUGGCAGAAACCCAUCACUCCCCCUGCAGCCCCUCAUCUGCUAAGCUCAAAGAAGAGGACAAGGUGAAGGAGAGGUCGAUUGAUGGGACCUGUGAGUCCAGCACAGAGAAUCGCGGCUCCAGGAAAUCAGAGCGGAGCUGUAAAGGCGCCUUGUAUAAAACCCUUGUUUCUGAGGGAAUGCUGACAUCACUGAGAGCCAAUAUUGACCGAGGCAAGAGAGGUGCUUUCCGUGCUUCUGAUCAUGAUGCGAAUUGGAAUGAUGACAGCUGGACUGUUUCUCAGAUGGGACCUAUUAACCCCAAGAAGCUGAAAAAGUCCAAGUCCAAAGAUGAAUCUUCCCAGGGCCUAGGGAAACUGGAGGAAGAGUUUGAAAGGAAGUUUAAUAGCCUGCCACAGUAUAGCCCAAUGACAUUUGAUAAGAAGGGGAGUGCUGUCACAAAGAAGAAGAAAACCGAUAGCACCACUGCCCAAGAGGAAGUUUCCAAGGCCUCAAAAGGGUCAUCUUCAUCUCAGAAAAAGACUUCAUUCCACAAGAUUGUUAGGAAGCACAAACACAAAAAGGAGAAACCAGGUGCAGUGGACAAAGCAGUGGUACAGGGUGAUCCCGGCAUACUGGAUUCAGCUUCAAAAGCCAAAACAUGUGCCCCUGUUGCCAUAAUGUGCCCAGAUAUACAGGGCACCACUAGUAUGGAAAUGCUAGUUGGUAGCCAGAAGAGAAAGGCUAGAAAGACCAAGAUCACACACUUAGUGCGCUCAGCUGAUGGCAGUGUGUCUCCAGUCGACGAGGACAAAACUAAGGACCUGAACCAGGAACAGGAUAAGAAGCCAUUACCCCAACAGAAUUUAUGCAAUGAAAAAGGGUGCUACAGUAAUCCCAGAGGAGAGGGGGCGGAAAGGAGUACCGUACCACAAGAGCUACCUGCCUUCUUCAGCUUGGCAGCCCUCGCUGAGGUAGCAGCCAUGGAAAACGUUCACAGAGGCCAGAGAGGCUUGGCUGACAGUCAGAAGAAAGAGCUUACCCAGACUCCUGUCCUCAUCUCCUGUGCUGAUCAGUGAAUCUCAGUUGCUGUUAUGAGAAGCCACAACAUGGACAUUGGCAGUGGAGUUUUACUUUCCUCAGUGGUAACCCCAUGCUAAAGGGAGACUUGGAUCAGGAAGCUUUGGACAGACUCCACCUUCCUCUUGUGGUGAAUUUGCUUGAGCUCGGUUUCGUGGUGGAGGAAGAGACCCUCUCCUCUUCCCUGGGCCUCACUAUCUCAGUGUUUUCCCUGAAGCCUUCGUUUGGUUUGAGGGAGGAUGCCUUUCUGAACUCCUCUCACCCCCUUAGUGCUCUGUUAGGGCCUGUGAAAGAACCAAGCUGUCCCCCAGUGCAUGGCUUCCCUUAUAGAGAUGGUUGUCAUGGGUUUAUCUUGCACCAUUUUAUCAGAUAGAGGCCAUUUUUAAGGUCUCGUGAUCUAAAAAUAGCAUUUUAGGUAGGGAAAAACCCAACACUGCAUUGGUUUUAUAGACAAACACAUCUUUCUGUUACCUUUUUACCUCACACAUGCGCCUACUGAAGAGUUCCCUCCACCUCUGGUAGAAUACCUCUGUAUUUGAAAAGCUCUUAUCCCUUCCAUUCCUUCAAGCUUCAACCCAAAAUGACUUUAACCAGGGUAAAUGAUCACAAUGGAUCAACUUCCUUUACCACCUACUUGCUUAGUGUUUCCCCGUGGUACACUAAUGUGGUGUACUCAAACUAAAAAGAAAUCACAGUUGAGUAUUUGAUAUGUAUGUGAAGAUGAUGCUACUGUAAAACAGUAUGUGGUAGCUACAAUUAAUCAUGUUAGACUGAAUGUGUAAGAGUAGACUUGUGCAUUCCCUUGCAUCUGAACUAAAGUUGACGAGUUGUUUUUCCUUAAGUAGUAGGUUCACAGUGUCUUUGUCAGAUUUAUGAGGCAAUAGGUCAGCUUAAAUACUGCUUCUUGUCAUGGGAAGGUUGCAUUAAAGUGAUUUGAAUAUAGCCUUAACCCUUCAAUGUAGACCUGCUUUGCCACCACAAAUCCCUCAACCAGCUUCUUGUUCAAUGCCAUCACAGUCCUAAAGUCAGCGUUAACUUUUUUGAAUAGUGAAAUGCAGUUUUUGUCAAUACUUGAUCUUAUUGCAGUUUGCGUAGCAAUUAGAAAGGUUAAUUCCAUGUGUGCAACUUAUUUCAAUGGAAUAGUUGUUUGUUUUUUAAUUGUUUGUUUAUUACGUAAACACUGCACUAAUUUGUAGCUGAAGUUUAAGUUCUGGGGAGGGUAAUAAAAUGCCUUGUCUCCACUGGGCACACAAAAUAGCCUCCCAGUAGUGUCUUUGUUGUCCUCCAGAACUGACUGAAGCCAGCCACAAGCACCAACAUAAAAGAUCAGGAGCUUGUCAAACCAGUUGCAUUUUUUUGUUUAAUGAAAUUGUUUUAUACAAGUCUAUUAAAAUAAUAAAUUUGUAAAGAAAAAAAAAACACAAUACAGAAACAAAAUAUUAUUUGUUCCAGAUUUCAUGCAUAAACAAAUCAGACCACGUAUACUUUUGUUCCUGUGGGAGCUAAUGGAGACAAGGCAUUUGGUCAUAAUUUACCCACUCGUUUCCUAUAGGGCCCUUUGAGAUUUUAUUGCCAAGUAAUGGUCUACUCAGAGGUCACAUGUAAUCAGUGUGUUAAUUUUUAGAUGUAUUUAUAUAAAAAUGUAACUUUGUUUUCUUUAUUUUUGGCUUUGUUUUGCUAAUGUUUGGCAGAAUCAUUCCAUUUCCUUGCUUCUGUCUAGGCCAUACAUUUGUUUACAGUUUACCAGUUGGAGUGGUGAGGAAAAAUAAGGUUGGAUGCAGUUCAUCUGCGGGGUUUGUGGUCUUUCUGUGUUCAUGAAACCUUGAGGAGGUUAAUGGAGGUUAAGUGAGAGCUACACAGACUCCCCCUAGCAAUACCCCUCACACCCUUACCCAGCAACCCUUUGUUCCUCUGUGUAGACCAGUACUUAAUUCAUGCAUUUUAGAUUCAAAUCACAUCUGUAAUUUUAAUAGUCUGUUUUGUUUUUGUUUGUUUUUUUGUCUGUUUUUUUUUUUUUUUUUUUUUGAUAAAUUGUGUGCAUUUAUGACAUUCUUUAACGAAGCCCUCUUUAGAAACUUCAAUGGUUUUUCCUGAGGUCAAGUUUACAGGAUCAAGAAUGUUGUCUAAAAAGAUCAAGCUCAUAGGUGAUGAAUGCAUCCAUGCUUACCUGUUCAGCAAAGAGGUACUGAGAUAAAAUGUACCGUCUCUAGACAGUGAGUUUGCCUUUUCCCAUCUGGAGGUGUAUAUUUAACUGCGACCGCAUCACCAUGUCUUGGAUAUUUGUUAAGAUGUGUUUUCGUGUGCUUCUGAACUCUUGACUGGACAGACAAAUAAGAAGUUAAUGCAUCUUAGAGAACUCAUGCAUCAUGAAAUAGAAUUUUUCCUGAAUCAAGGCUUUGUUACAUGGUAAUCAUGUUUGGCUUAUGUAGGCCCUUGUGUGCAAAUAGUGUAGAAACAAAUCUAAAAACAAAUCUAUGAUUCCUCUAAAUUUGUUUUGAAAAGUUAACAAAUUAACAGCAAAUGUUUCCAAGUUAAACUUAAGGGAACCACAAUAUGCUUUAUGAUAAUCCUAUUAGUAAACAGUAUAUAUAUUUUUUUAGAUAAGAGAGAGGUUACAUCAAGGAUGAUAUCAUCCAAGCAGUAAACUGUAUAGUUCUUCCACUGGUGGACAUCAGUGUGGUUCUUUACAAAGAAAUUGUCUUCCCCCAAAAUAGAGAUAUAUUUGCUUAUAGCAAGUGAGUUUUUUGACAUUGCCAAAGAAAGGAAAAGGUAUAUUCAAAUGAAAAUUCUGUUGUUGUUGUUUUUGUUUGUUGUUUUUUUUGUUUUGUUUUGUUUUGUUGUUGUUUUUUUUUAAGAAAGCUAUUGUAACAGCUGCACUGCAUUUUCUAGGUGUGUGAUUCUUCAGGUAAUAAUAUCAGCACAAUUCAUCCUGUGUAUCUAAUGGGAUUUCCUUGGUGUUUGAGCCCAGAGCUGGAAUGAAGUGCAACAAAAUGGCACCACUUAAUGCCUCUUUUAAUAUACAGUAUUUGCACCUUACUACCCAAACCAAAAUAAUCAUGGUCUGAAAAAAAUAUGUAAUUUUUACCCACUCUGUGGAAAUUAUGCAUUUUAACUAUCAUAUAUAUGAGAAUUCAGUCAAUAACAAAUCCACACAAACAGCCAUAAUACUGUCUUUCCCCCAUCACUCACUUUUUCUAUCUAGAAAAUGCUUCUAUAAAGUUCCUAUAUUAGUUACCUAAAUGACUAUAAUACCCUUUUGUGCUAGUACUGUCUUCUUGAAUGUAAUCAUUUUGUACCUGUAUUUUUCUAAUUCAGUCUUGAUUGUACUGUAUGUAUGCUAUGAUAGUAUACUGUUCCUUAGGUGCAUAGUUCAUCACAAACAACAGUUCUGAUGACAGGAUAGCUGCUGUGCUGCAAACUCAUUGGAAAUAUAUGGAGGUUUUAAGUCCAAAGGACUUACUGUACCACGUGAGCAUCCAUGAGAUUGAUAAAUAAGAGAUUCUUGCAUUUUGAGAGAUAGAACAAUAGCUUCCCUUGGUUUGCCACUUCUUUUUCCUUUGCAGUAAAAGUGAAGUUUGUUCAGGACAGUCUAUAAAACAGGAUCACUCCUGCAAGCUAAUAGUACAAUUGAAUGCUUGAGUUUCAAUUUAUUUAUUACUGUUCCUUUUUAUAGGUAUAGCUGAAUUAAAAAAAAAUAAAAUAAAAUAUACAACUGAAUAUGCAUCCAUUUAUACAUGAACAUGUAUAA